GUUCAAUGUAAGCAGGAAAACGACGGCUUCUAUAGUGUCAGUUUUCGACGCUGCUUUUUACGCAUCUAGUGCAUCGUUCGCGCGCGUUAGAUUGCCAAUCCGCAAAAUAGACUGCCAAUCGACGAAGAAUAUCCAGCAGCGGAAACGAAAGCAGGAACAAUGAAGGUUCUAGUAGCGCUGCUACUAAUAACCUUCUUGUGCGAAGCGCUGUCCCUGACUACUUCUACUGCAACGUCUGCUACACAGGCGUUUACGGUUCAAAAAGAUAAUAAUGUGGACGUAAGCACAGAAUCGUCGAAGAUCUCAUCAAGUUCUUCGGCGACGAAGGGGCCGUAUACUACUGGAAUUUCACCAGCAAGUGUACAAUCGAAUAAAACUCCUAUCGAUGAAAGGGUAACAUCAAAAUCGAAAUCGGAUGACGAUAUUCUGCUUAUGAAAUCCCUUUUAAGUCCUAAGAAUAUGCUGUUGCAAGAAAUUAAUACCUUGGACGAAGAAACUUCUAAUGCUAAGAUGCAAGAUGAAGUUGCACAAACGCUUAAAGCGGAAGCUAAAAGGAUCAGGCCGUCGGAACCGGUGACGACAACAAAGUUGCCAGCCACAAAAGCCGAUUUUAUUACUACGACGAAGGACAGUGCUACGAACAAAUUGUUCGAAGGUGAAGAUACACCUUACGAGGGCGAUUUGAGUGAAAACGAAGAAGACGAGGGUGACGAUGAAUAUGACGACGAUGACGAAGACGACGAAGAGAACGACGACGAGCCCGAGGACGACGAACAAGUAAUGACGCAGUGUCCUGAUUACUGCAGAUGUGCUGGAGAAUAUGCAGCUGCAACGACUGCAACAUGCACCAAACUUGUGGAUGAGCAAUCCUUUGGCACUGGUAUCGUUCAUUUGCGUAUAGAAAAUGCCGGGCAAAUUUAUCUCGGCCCUCACGCAUUUGCAUCGCGAGGUCUUCAACAAUUGGAAUCCAUUACAAUCACCGACACAAGAAUAGUCGAAUUGAAUCAAACGGCUUUCGACGAUAUACCAUAUUUAUUCUGUGUAAAUUUAACACGCAACGACCUCCAAGAGAUUCAUCCGAAUACUUUCCACAGUAACAAACAGCUAUCUCUGCUUGCCAUCUCUGGAAAUCCAUUGAAACAUACGCAAGAUGCUAAAUUAUCGAAACAUGGACUGUUCGAUGCUCCGUCGAUUACCGAGUUAGAUUUCUCGUAUAAUGGUCUAACCAAACUGAAACGCACAGCAUUUUCAAGGAUGCCAAGCCUUACUUACAUAAUUUUGAAAGGAAACAAAUUGAAAGAAAUUGAUAGCUCAGCUUUCAACACGUUGGAAUCGCUCAUGGAAGUAGAUUUUUCAAAUAAUUUGCUAAAUGAAAUUCCUGUUGAUCUAUUAUACAAUAGCGGAAUUCAAACAUUUAAAGUUGCUGGAAAUAAUUUGCAAACUCUGAGCACCAUAAAAAUGAAAAAAUUGAGAGUAUUAGAUGCAUCUAAUAACAAAAUCAAAAUAAUAGGAAAAGAUGACCUUAUGGAUGUUCCUUUAUUGGACCAAUUGAUAAUUAAUUCGAAUGGUCUUAAAAGAAUUCAUCAACACGCUUUCGAUAAUCUCGAUCAACUUACUCAUCUCGAUGUUAGUAAUAACAAGUUAACUUCCUGGUCGGAACAUCAUCUGAGAACUAAUUCAAGGUUACAAGAAUUAUUGAUGAGCGACAACCCUGAAUUAAAGACCUUACCAGUCUUCAAGACUGUUGGUCUUGAGUACAAUUCUUACAGCGUAUCCCGAUUUGACUGUGCAAAUUGCGGCUUGUACUUCCUUGAAGAAACAACCUUUAAUGCUAUGCCAGCAAUAACACGGUUGAAUCUGUCCAGAAAUCGUUUAACUGGCUUGCCAAACGGUCUUUUAAGUCGUCUUUUAUCUUUGAGAAUUCUUGAUCUAUCCGAUAAUAUUAUCAAAUCUUUGGAUAACAAUAUGUUCCGCGGUGCUAUUAGUUUGACUAAAAUCAGCCUUGCGGGUAAUCCUUUGGUUACGUUACAAGUGACACCAUUCCUGGUAGCUCCAGGUCUUACUAAACUCGACGUGAGCAGAUGCGCUUUGGAGAGAGUUUGGAGCGAAGCUAGAGUUCCACUGACUAGUCUAAGAUCUCUGUCAGUUCGCGAAAACCUUCUACGUCGAAUUACCGUGGAAGAAUUAAAAGCAACACCGAAGAUCGUUAGCUUAGAUUUAGCGCAUAAUCCUCUUGAUUGUGACGUCGAAUUUAAUGAGGCUGUACAAUGGCUUACCGAUCAUGGUGUAACACCAGUCGAAACCUCGAGAUAUAUUAGUAAUUAUGGUAACGAUGAUAAUUACCAAGAUUCUGAUGGUAUCAGUCAAUGGACCGAUUUAGCGAAGAUAGUUUGCGAUGGUAUUAAUGAUGGGCCACCAGAAAGACCAGUGCCACGUAAGGAAAAGAAAGUGAAGAUCAUCGUUGAAGGACUUGAUACGGCAGAAUACUCUGAUACAUUAUUAAGGAACAAUUUUGAAAAUGAUGAUGAUUUAGUUAAAAUGCACGUUGAUCAUGGAUUAAAACCGAACGAAGAAGUUGAAAAAGCAUGGACCACUCAAGAUCAAGAAUAUGAAGAUUUCGUUCCCGCAGAAGAUACGGAAUAUCGUCCUUGGUAUUCUACUACCGAUGUUUGGGCUAUAGCCACCAUAAUCAUUACAACGUUGUUAAUGGUGCUGUUAACAGUGCAUGUUGCAAUUUAUUUGGCGAAACGACGAGGUCAUGGCCCCGUCAUUAGACCACCGAUGAUCCUUCGACAAGGUUUGAUAGAUAACAAAAAUUGCGGUUUAGUUUACAAACCUCUGCAAGAAGAAAUCACUACACCGCACGUACCGAAAAGAGGAAGCUUUUAUUCCAGUAGUACAUUCCACUACGACAAGAUCGUACCAGAAAGUGUUUAAAAUUUAUUAUAAAUGCAACUAAUUAUUUGACAGCCUAUGUAAUUCAGUUUUGACAAUAUUUUAAGAGAGAUACAAAAAUUUAUAAAGAAAUAGAACGUAUUUUAUGCAAAAAAUUGAUGGAGUUUAUAGGCUUUUUAUAAUGGUAUGGAAGUAAGAAAUAUUUAAACACAAGUAGUAAGUAUAAUGACCAACAAAUACAUUUAAAUGUAGCUGAUGGAAAAAAAAUUAAAGGAUCGUGAGAGCACAUUUUUUGGAGUGCUUUGUAUAUUUUUUUACCUUUAGGGUUAAAACAAUAUUUGAUAAUAUUUUGAGGGUGAAUAUGGAAAUCGAUAAAUUUUUUACGGAAUUUUAUCAGUAUUUUCUUCUAUCAGUUUCGCUUGAAAAUUGAAAUAAAUCAAUAAUUAAUUUUAUCUGUACAUGUAAUUAAUAUUACAUAAGUACAAUGUGUUUAAUACUUAUAGAUAUUAAUAAUAUCUAGUAUUCUGUAUUAAUUGUAGUAGGAAUGUAGUAUUGGAUCAUAAAUAAAAUAUUAUUUACAAGGAGAAUUGAAAAGAAUAAAUGAGGGUGAAAAAUUAAAGACAGGGUUUUAAAAGGGCAAGUCACAGUAAUAUAUAGAAACUAUAAGACUCGUAAUUGUUAAUUACAGUAAAAGUAACGUCAUGUGCCACACUCGUUCAAGCCAUGGAAUUCAUAUACAAUUUACGUUUAGGUAUUGUGCAUAGUACUAAGUAAACUAAUCUCUCGUAGUAUAAGUAGUACAUUAUUGUGUACUUUACAUUAUGCUACAUGCUGUAAAUAAUGUAUACGUUUAAAUAAAUCUUUAAUUACAAAAAGUAA